UCUCCCCCAACGAGGCGGUCUGAAGAAGGCAACGAGGCAAAGCGGGGCGAAACCCCACCCCCCGGAGCUUACGGAUCGCCGUGAUGGCCAAAGAGUUCUCCGUUCCGCCGGUGGUUUUCCCCUCCUCCGCCGGGAACCCUAACGUCCCCCAGCAGCGCCGUGCGCCUGGGGCGGCGCCUUUCCAGCCGCCGCGGCCCUCGAACCCGGGCCCCGCCAACCCGAGCCUCCCCUUCAUGUCCUUCGACGUCGGAUCCGCCCCGGCCUCGUCCUCCUUCUCAGCCCCCGUAUUUGCUCCCGCCGCCGGCGAGGGCUUCUCCGUCUCCGGCUCUUUCGAUGACGAGCCGCCCCUCCUUGAGGAGCUGGGCAUCAAUACCCGACAGAUCUGGCGCAAGACCAUCUCGAUCUUGAAUCCCUUCCGCGUGAACCCUGAUCUCCACGAGGACGCCGACCUCUCCGGCCCCUUCCUCUUCCUCAUGGCAUUCGGGCUCUUCCAGCUUCUGGCCGGAAAGUUCCACUUCGGUAUCAUCUUGGGAUGGGUCACCGUCGCGGCAUUCUUUCUCUACAUCGUCUUCAAUAUGCUCGCGGGGCGGAACGGGAACUUGGAUUUGUACCGGUGCUUGAGCCUGAUUGGAUACUGUAUGCUGCCGAUGGUGAUCUUCUCGGCGCUGUCGCUCUUUGUGCCCCAUGGUGGCGUUGUGAUCUUUCUGAUGGCAGCGGUAUUCGUGUUGUGGUCUGCGAGAGUGUGCACGGCGCUUCUGGUGGAAUUGGCAUCCUGCGGGGAUGAGCACCGUGGUCUCAUAGCCUACGCUUGCUGGCUCGUUUACAUGCUCUUUUCUCUGCUAAUUUUGUUCUAAUUCUUGCAUCUCAUUAUGCUAAUUUACUCGUCUACAAUUUGAUGUUAAGCAGUGGCAGGGGAUCAAAACAGCUACAUCUUCCAUGCCAUUUUUGUAGUUGAAGAAGGAAUUGAGAAAUGUCUACCAGGUCUGGCUAGUGUACACAGAUUGAUUUGCUCGACUCAGAUGGGUGAAAGGUGAGCAAUUUUUACAAGUUUCUACUGUGGAAUCUUGCAUCAUCAAUUUCGACAUUGUUAGCUACCAAAUCAGGACUAAUAGAUCGCUUAGCAUGCAAAUGGCGCUAAGUCUUGUUUGUUAGUUGUUCCGUGGACAUCUUGAAGCUUGCUUAUGUUGGUUACCUGUUGCUCUGAUAUCAUGGCACGGGAUACUGUGCUUUCCAUUAUAACAUGUUCAUCAAUUCUUCUGCUC